AAAUGAAGUUUUUUAUAUUAAUGUUAUCAUUUGUUUUGCUCAUUCAGUUGUGUCUGUGUCAGAGACAAGGGAUGUAUAAAGUAAAGGGCGAUUAUCUGGACGUUCCCGUGAGGGCCAGCUAUAAGAUAAUGGGUAACGAUGACGACGGCUUCCUGGAGGACGGCAUUAUUGUCAAAACUAAAGGCUCCGGAUAUAUUGACCCACGAUUUAAGAAUAGAGAUCCCUAUAGAGGCAGUGCCUCACAGAUAAUAUACGGCCGGCCAGGU